CAACAGACACUACAAUACCAGAUAACAUUACAAUAAAUAAACAAGCCGAAAAGAAUCCUCUUAUCAUAGACAUGACAUACGAAGAAGCACUUAAGAAACUUAAACACGACCAAAACUAAAACAUCAAUUUUUCAAUGGACACCAUCUACAACAUACCUAAAUCGGAGACCGUCAGUUUUCGCAAAUUUCUGGACGAAUUUGUCAAUGAACUCAAAGGAACUGAGUUUCCCAAAAACGAUGAAGAUGUACAGCGACUGAUAGGAAUGCAAAGUAAAAAUUCUGAAUAUGAAAAGGUUAAAUCUUCUACAUCCUUGGAAAUGUUGGAUUCACCAGACGAUGUACGUGUUGCGCCCUAUGUACCAGGAGUUAAUGAAUUUAAGCGUAAAACAGCAAAACAAAAUUUAACAAAUGAUGCGCGACUCAACUCGUUGCAGAAGUUAAUUAAAGAGAAAGAAGCAAGUGCUGGUAGUCCAUUUAUUAAAACGCGAGAAUCUUUUAAGCAAGUUCACAAACCUGUAAGCCCGGAAAAUCAUAAUUUGCAGCCAUACAGCGAUGUUGUUGUUUCAAUUCGUUUUUAUAGACCUAAAACUGAUACACCUCUUAAGCGUCGGACAUACCCAACUUUUAGUGAAGAAUUUCAAUGUUUGGGGUCGAAUUUCCUUUCCGAAUUACGUGACAAAAUUUCAUGCGUCUGUAAUAAAAGACGAUUCUUUGAACUAAGCAAUAAUCCUAGAGUCGAGAAUCCGGAGAAAUUGAGUGACCCAGGAUUUUUCUUUAUUGAAAAUACUUUUUAUAACGAUAUGAGAAAUCCGACCAACGCAGACUAUUCUGAAGUAAUUCGAGAAUGGUCAGCAAAAAAAGCUAAAGGUUACGAAAAAUUACGUUUCCAGACACGUUCAAUGGAAGAAACUCGUUUCAUUGACUUAGAAGUAAGCCUUGGUUUUCCACAAUUGUAUCAGCAUCACGGAAACUGCGAACAUCUGUUUAUAUUUUCCUAUGUGGAACUACUUUCGAAGCAUACCUGCCUUGUACGGGAGCUAUAUCCACUUCUGAAGUCUGUAAAUACGUAUAAUGCUAAAUUUUGUCACAUGUGUGGGAAACGAGAAUACGCGUAUGUGGUGAAAAAUAGUAAAAGGCAACUGCAUGAUCCAGCUUAUCUAUGUUCAGUGUGUUUUAUUUCGUUUCACUAUGUGAAUGGAAAAAAAGUGGACGAAUUUAAUGCUUAUAGACUUGUGUCGUAUAAAGAAAAGUUGGAUGACCACGAAAGUUAUACUGUUGAGCACCUAGAAGUCUUUGACGAAAUAGAGGAUGAUUUAGAUGACGAAGAUGAGCCUAGUCCGUCGAAGAUGAUCAAAAACGAAGCUGAAACUGCUAUGAAGUAAACAUUUUCAUACUAUUCUUGAUUUAUUAUGUCUUGUUGGUUAUUGAUUUUGUUAUCCCAUUAAAUUAAAAACUAUCUUAAGUACAUACUUUAUGUAUUUGUAUUUUUCACUUGAUUUGUAUUUAUUAAAAUUAUUUUAACAUUGAAUUUAAAAAAAAAUACAUUUCUUUUAAUUGUUUGGAAACAUGUUGGAUAAACCAUUUUUAAAUCUUAUAUUAUUGUCUGGCGGUAAAAAAUGUUCCUAAAUGUCUUACAAUCGUGGGAACUUAUAAUUUGUUGUGACAGUAUUGACAGAAAGUUCUCUAAAUGAAAAUGGUUGAAAUUGUAAGAUUACAUUAUUAUAUUAAUUUGAAUAUAAUAGAUUGCCGCUGAUGUUAAACAGAACUCGGUAACCAUCUGACAAUAAGAUUUUUGAACUAAAGUUGCGAUCUAAUUGAGCAGUUUUAAAACUUCCACUGAUCAAUAUGACAAUCGUCAAUACUUAGAUUUAGAUCUAUUAGUAGUAAGCAAUAGUAAGUACAUUUUUUUUAAGAUUUCAAUACAGUUUGAAUAAACAUAACAAAUUCUAUAAAGCUUUGGCUUUUUGUUUGUAAACUAAAGUUUUGUAUAAAUAUAAAAUUUCAAUUAACUUUAUCACACUAAAAACAAAUCUAAUUUAAUAAAGCUUUUGCAUAGCCGUCUGCAAAAAAA